CUGCAGUGUUGUUGAAGGAAGCGUGUUUUAACGUCUGCUAGUUGGCUAGUAUCACGACAGUAUGCGUUAGCUAUCAGUCCACGUUAGCAACGAGGAGCUUUUCGUAGCAUGUAGCUUACCGUUGAGAUAUUUGUUAUUUUAAAAUGGCUGAAAUAGAAACUUCAACCCGUAGAGGGUUUCUGGGCUUUAGUCCAGUGAGAAGAGACGACGCCAACAAGGAGAAUAAUGUCCCAGUGUUAAGCCUGACUAUGUUCUCAAAAGCGCCUUUUGUAUCACUUGGAACAGUAAAGUUGGGCACCUCGAAGUCGGCUGUUCUUCGAAUUGAAAACCCAACAGAAGAUUCAGAAGCGGAGGUUAUUGUUGAAAAGGUUCCUUCAAGCAAAGGCUUUUCAGUGGAUCGACGCACGUUCAAUGUCCAGCCUCAGGGCUCCUUCAGUUUAACCAUAACCUGGACCCCUACUGAUGAAGGUGGAAUCAGAGAGCUCAUCAGCUUCAGUGCGAACGGGGUCCUCAAACACCAGGCGGUGCUGCUGGGGAGAGCAGAAGCCCCCAAAAAGAAAAAGAAAAGCUUAUGGGACACAAUUAAAAAUAAAAGGGAGGGGGAGACAGUGGCAGCCCCCAGGAGCAAGAAAUCUGAACCUUCCAUGAAGAUGUCAGUCAAUAAAACUUUUCAAGUCUCCCGAAAGCAGCAGUACAAACGAGACAAACCUCGCAGUCCCCUGGCUUCCCUCAAUGACGGCAAAGCUGCGAGAGAGCGGUCCCUCACUAAGCACAGUCCUGCUGGAGAGCAUCCUUGGAAAUCUCUGGACAUGUCAGACCAGGAGAACAUCAGCCACACCCACAAGAGCUCGCCACUAGUUCUACUCAAUCCAACUGCAAAGAUGAUGGACUCUAGCAGCGCGUCUGCCAAUCCAGGCUUCUUUGCAGAAAACAAAGAUCUUUCCAAAGUUCUUAACAGGACUCUGUCUCCUAUUGGAACGCCAGAGAGGUUCAAGAGACUCAUGCCUCAUAUUCAGUCAGAGAGUCCAGCUCCUGCAUCUCUAAAGUCUGAGUCUAACUUUGACAGCUUGUUAAGCGAGACCUCAGUCCCCUCUUUGAAAGACGCCCUGGCCCUUAUCGACUCUGAUCUGUGCCAUAUUAACACCAGCCCCCAGAGCACUAGUUCUGCCUGUGAGUUUUCCGACUCGCUGGAAUCCAAGAGUGGGAAUCACGAUGUCUUCAAAGCGUUACCCAACAGCCCGGAGCUGGUUGAGUCAAACGAGCCAAGGCUGACCUUCUUUGUGAGCAAAAAGGUUUCCGUGAGCGAGGUUGUUUCAGUGGCGGAGUGCGAUACAGCCGUGGAAGGAGUCAAAAAGGCUCCUUUUACCUCGGCCACAGUGGUCAAGGGCAAAGCACCAGUUGAGCCAAACUGCGCAAGCGAAAGGAAAAUUAGGAAGUCAAGGCGAAGGCUUUUGGAGAAAACCCUGGAGGUGACGGACGGAGACAGGCAGAGGGAGUCUGGACCACGUACUCCGAGGCUUCCAGUUAUCGACCUGGACAGCGGAGAUGCAAAAAGGCGAAACUCUGAGGCCUCCGGCUCCUGGAGCAAUAACAGUUCUCAGGUCCUGGAGUUUACAUCCUCCAGUCCGACCCCACGGCUCAGCAGCUCGCCUACACCUGUCACCUUCCCCAUCACCUCACCUCCGUCCACAGCUCCCUCUACAUUCCUUUUCUCGUGCACUUCCCCACCGCCUGCUCUACCUGAUCCCACCACCUUGAACCCUUCAGCCCCCUCACACCCAGCCUCCCCUCCUCACCGCCACCGCUCAUCCAGCUGUAAUGGGUAUGAACAGGCUCCGACUGCUUGCGCACCUCUGUCUGUUCAGGAAGACCUCUUUCCAGUGGUGGCAAACAGCAAAAAGAGGAAGAGCGAGGAGUUUUCCAAAAGAGAUGCCAAGGUUGGAGGCGUUGAGAAAACCGACCGGGUCAAAAGGAGCAGGGUGGUGUCUGUAAAGACAGAGCCCAGGCGAUCAGUACAGGAGAGGAGGAGCGUGUCACAGAGGCAGCAGCUCCGAGCAGCAGGCUCUGUACGCUCAACCACCACAUCCUCUCUAAAGAGCAGCAGAGCUGCCGUUCCAGCCCACACAAAGCAGCCGGGUUCCAAACUCACCUCCCGAGGUGCUUCAUCUUUGAAGGCAGCCAAGGUCGUUGCUGUGGCACAGUCGAAGCUGACGUUCGUUAAACCUGCUCAAACGGCAGCCAUACCAAGACACCCGAUGCCGUUUGCUGCACAGAACAUGUUUUAUGAUGAGAGGUGGAUUGAGAAGCAGGAGAGGGGCUUCACGUGGUGGAUCAACUAUGUCCUGACACCCGACGACUUCAAAGUCAACACUGAAGUUGCUAACGUGAAUGCCGUGUCCCUGGCCAUGGGCAGUGCUCACUUCAGUGUCCCUAAAGCUCCCACGAAGGAGGAGAUGUCCUUUAGCACCUACACGGCUCGACGGAAGCUGAACCGCCUCCGUCGAUCCGCCUGCCAGCUCUUCACUUCUGAGGCCAUGGUGAAGGCUAUUCAGAGGCUCGAGCUGGAGGUGGAGGCCAAGCGGCUCCUUGUACGGAAAGAUCGCCACCUUUGGAAGGACAUAGGUGAACGCAAGAAGGUCCUCAACUGGCUGCUGUCUUACAACCCACUGUGGCUGCGGAUUGGGCUGGAGACGAUCUACGGGGAGUUGAUCUCUCUGGAGAGCAACAGCGAUGCCCUCGGCCUGGCCGUGUUCAUCCUCCAGCGGCUGCUGUGGAACCCCGACAUCGCUGCCGCGUUCAGACACGCCAAAGUGCCCCAUCUUUACAGAGACGGCCACGAGGAGGCGCUGUCUCGCUUCACACUGAAGAAGCUGCUGCUGCUGGUGUGUUUCCUGGACAAGGCCAAAGAGUCCCGGCUGAUCGAACACGACCCCUGUCUGUUUUGUGUGGAUGCAGAGUUCAAGACGAGCAAAGACCUGCUCCUGGCCUUCUCCAGGGACUUCCUAAGCGGAGAGGGGAUCCUCCCGCGGCACCUCGGCUACCUCGGGUUGCCCGUCUCCCACGUUCAGACGCCCCUGGACGAGUUCAGCUUUGCUGUGAAGAACCUGGCAGUGGACUUGAAAUGCGGCAUCCGACUAGUCCGUGUGAUGGAGCUCCUCGUUCAGGAUUGGAAGUUGUCAUCAAAGCUGCGUCUACCUGCCAUCAGCCGCCUGCAGAAAGUCCACAACGUCGACGUCGCUCUGCAGGUGCUCAGAAGCAAAGGAGUCGAUCUGAAGGAUGAACACGGCUCCACUAUUGAUUCCAGAGAUGUUGUGGAUGGACACAGAGAAAAGACGCUGAGCCUCCUGUGGAAAAUCAUCUUUGCUUUUCAUGUGGAGGUGAUUUUGGAGAAGGACCAACUGUGGGAAGAGAUUUGCUUCCUGAAGAGAACGUUAAAGACCAAACGGAGGCUUGUGUCCCUAAGGGCCGAUCGGGGCCUUCAGCCAAGUCCAGUGCAGAACUGGUCGCCAUACGAACACAGCAGCACCAAGAUCACCCUGCUGAUGGACUGGGUCCGUUCUGUGUGCGACUUCUACAACCUGAAGGUGGAGAACUUCACGGUGGCCUUCUCUGACGGCCGCGUCCUCUGCUACCUGAUCCACCACUACCACCCCAGCCUCCUGCCAGAGGAGGCCAUCAGUGCCAGCACCACGCAGACUGUGGAGUGCUCAACGAGGGGCCGCCUGGAGCUCAACUGCUCCGCCAGCGACUCAGACAGCUCCUUCGACCUCUCUCCGACGGGCCUGAACGGCCCUGACUCUCCAUCUGUGCAAUUUAAACAACUGCUGGAAAAUGAGAAAAACAACCUCAGGCUGGUCAACACCGCUGUGUCCUUCCUGGGCGGGGUUCCUGCCAUGAUCAACCCGGCUGACAUGUCCAACACCAUCCCCAACGAGAAGGUCGUGAUGUCGUACCUCUCCUUCCUGUGUGCUCGUCUACUUGACCUGCGGAACGAAACGCGAGCAGCGCGGCUCAUACAAGGCGCCUGGAGGAAAUACAGACUGAAGAAAGAUCUGCAGCUCUACAAGGAGCGGAACAUGGCUGCUAUGAAAAUCCAAGCACUUGUGAGGAGUUUUCUUUUGAAGCGCAGAACCCAGAGGCGGAAUCGAGCUGCCGUGGUCAUACAGGCAGUCUGGCGAGGUUCUGCUGCCCGCAACAGGUUGAGGUUACAAAGAGAAGCCCAGUGUGUUGCUCUGCAGCAUAAAGCAGCAACUGUGAUCCAGGCCCGUUGGAGGGGGUUCUCAGACCUGAGGGCAUAUCAGCGCCUCCGGUACUACACCAUAGUCGUCCAAGCACAAUGGCGGAUGAGGGUGGCGGCCAAGGCUUACGGAAGGAUUCGCUGGGCGGCCAUAGUCAUUCAGAAACAUUCUCGAGCACGGGCUCGUGCAAGACUGGAUCGGGAGCGCUACCUCCACCUCAAAACAGCAGUGGUGAAAAUACAGAGAGGCUACAGGAGAUGGAAAGCCCACAAAAUGGAGAGAGCAAAUGGUGCUGCCAGAGUCAUACAAGUCACAUUCAAGAAGUGGUACAAGAGGAAAAUGACCACAAGAUCCUCUGCAGCUGUAACAAUUCAGUCCUGGUACAGAAUGCAGAGAUGUGUCCAUCGGUACAGGAAGGCCCAGAAAAGCGCCGUGCUCCUUCAAGCCUGGUACAGGGGUCUGGUUCAGAGACGCUGCCUUCAGACGCUGAAGCUGCAGCACCGUGCAGCCACCGUCAUCCAGAGCGCCUUCAGAGGGCGUGCUGUCAGAAAGCAGGCGGCCAAGACAAGACGUGCUGCACUUACGAUACAGCGCUGGUUCCGGGCCUCCAUCCAAAGGGACAUGGACCGGCAAGCGUUUGUGAGGAUGAGACGAGCCGCUGUUACAAUACAGGCGUCCUAUCGUGGGAAAGUGGCUCGAGAGUGGCUGAUGAAACGACACCAGGCAGCAACAGUGAUCCAGGCAGCCUUUAGGAAGUACCUCACCCACCGUCGCUACCUCGUCCUGAGGAAAUCUGCAGUGUUAAUACAGCAAAAGUACAGGGCCACGGUGCUGGCUCACAAGACAAGGAAGGAUUAUGACUCGCUCAAAAAGGCAGCGCUCAGUGUACAAGCGCACUGGAGAGGCAAGGCUGCCAGGAAGAGGCUAGAACAGCAGCAUCGCUGUGCAGCAGUGAUCCAAGCUCACUACCGUCGGCACAAGGCACAGGCAGAGUACAGGUCAAGGAAGGCGGCAGCCAUAGUCCUACAGCGCCAGUACAGAGCUUAUGUGGCAGGAAAGGGGAUGAGGCGAGCGUAUCUGCAGACGAGAGCUGCCUGCGUUGCCCUUCAAGCUGGAUUCAGAGGCAUGAGAGUUAGGACGGAGAUCAGGCAAAAGCAUCAGGCAGCAACUCGUAUCCAGGCUUCACUCAGGAUGGUUUUGUGCAGGAAACGGUAUGUUCUUCUGCGGAGUGCGUCAGUCAUUAUUCAAAGCCGAUAUCGAGCACUUGUGCUCUGCAGAGCACAGCAGACUGAGUACAGAGCACUAAAGCAGGCCGCCAUAAGGAUCCAAGCUGUGCACCGCGGGUUCAAAGCAAGGGAGGAGCUGAGGAAAAGGCACGAUGCUGCCAGAGCCAUCCAAGCUCAGUUCAGGAUGCACAGAACGCGCGUGGCUUUCCUUGCUGCCAAAUGCGCUGCAGUCAUUUUCCAGGAGCGCUACAGAGCCAAAAUGCUCCGCGAUCAACAGCUGCAGAGUUACAAAGCAAUGAAAUCUGCUGCGGUGACGCUUCAGGCCGCGUACCGUGGUCACAGAGCCAGGAGGACGAUCAUGCAGAUGCACCGAGCUGCGACCGUGAUUCAGCGGGUGUUCCGCACCUACACAGACAGAAGCAGGUUCCUAGCUGUGAGAAAAGCAGCUUUGGUGUGUCAGCAGAGGUGCAGAGCCGUGAUCCUGGGCAGGAAAGCACGUCUGGACUACCGGUGGAAGCGCAAGGCAGUGGUUUGUCUGCAAGCCGCGUUCAGAGCACACAAGGUCAGAAAGCAGCUGCGUGUCCAGCAUGUAGCAGCUCUAACCGUUCAGGCUCAUUUCCGAACAUACAGACAGAGAACGUAUUACAAGAGGCUCCGCUGGGCGGCUGUGGUGCUACAGCGCCGCUACAGAGCCACCAACGCCAUGAGAGCAGAGAUGUCCGCGCUCAAAGCCAAAAGAGGUGCAGCUGUUGUCUUACAGGCUGCGUUCCGUGGAAAGAGAUCCAGGCACAUCCUCAAACAGAAGCAUCAGGCCGCCUCCGUCAUCCAACGAGCUUACAAGGCCCACUCUGAGCGGAGGCAGUACCUGACCCUGAAAUCUGCUGUUCUCACGCUCCAGCUGAGGUGGCGAGCUAACGCAGCAGCGAAGGAACAAAGGAGGCGACACCAGAACACGCGCAGAGCUGCUGUGGUCCUUCAGGCAGCGUUCAGAGGGUGGAAGGUCAGGAGAGACGCGGGUCACCAACACCAGGCCGCCACCGUCAUCCAGUCUGCCUUCAGAAAGCACAGAGAGGAGGUCAAGUUCCAGGCUAUGCGACUGGCCGCCAUUAUCAUCCAGAGGUCCUAUAGGAGCCUCGUUCUCCAGAGGCGAGAAAGAGAACACUUCCUCAGACAGAGACGUUCCGCUGUGGUUCUCCAGGCAGCGUUCAGAGGUCAUCGUGUGCGGGCCAGCGUUGCUGAGAUGCACAGAGCAGCUGCAGUCAUUCAGGCGAACUACAGGAGGCAUAAAGAGCAGUUGUCCUUCAGGAGACGGCGCUGGGCAGCCUGUGUGCUACAGCACCGGUUCAGAGCCCAGCGACAGAUGAACCUGGAGCUACAACGUUAUCAAGAGGUCAGAAAAGCUGCUGUUGUGUUACAGGCUGCGUGUCGGGGAAUGAGAUCCAGGAGGAGCGUCCACCAAAGCCACCGAGCUGCCGUGGUUCUACAGAGAGCUUACAGAGCGCACUGUGAGCGCAGGGGAUAUGUGGCAUUAAAAGCAUCCAUCCUCAACAUCCAGCGGAGGUAUCGUGCUUCUGCUGCAGCUAAGCAGCAGAUGCAGAAAUACCAAGACAUGCGCAGAGCUGCUGUGGUCCUUCAGGCAGCGUUCAGAGGGUGGAAGGUCAGGAGAGACGCGGGUCACCAACACCGAGCUGCCACCGUCAUCCAGUCUGCCUUCAGAAAGCACAGAGAGGAGGUCAAGUUCCAGGCUAUGCGACUGGCCGCCAUUAUCAUCCAGAGGUCCUAUAGGAGCCUCGUUCUCCAGAGGCGAGAAAGAGAACACUUCCUCAGACAGAAACGUUCCGCUGUGGUUCUCCAGGCAGCGUUCAGAGGUCAUCGUGUGCGGGCCAGCGUUGCUGAGAUGCACAGAGCAGCUGCAGUCAUUCAGGCGAACUACAGGAGGCAUAAAGAGCAGUUGUCCUUCAGGAGACGGCGCUGGGCAGCCUGUGUGCUACAGCACCGGUUCAGAGCCCAGCGACAGAUGAACCUGGAGCUACAACGUUAUCAAGAGGUCAGAAAAGCUGCUGUUUCUCUGCAGGCUGCCUUCCGUGGGAUGGAGUCCAGGAGAGUCCUUAAGCACAGUCAUCGAGCUGCCAGAGUUAUCCAGAGAGCGUACAGAGCCCACUCCCAACACGAGCAGUAUCUUAAACUAAAAUGGUGCGUCGUUGCCAUCCAGCAGAAAUACCGUGCCACUGUAGCAGCUAAAGCAGAGAGAGGCCGGUACCUGGAGCUGCGCAGGAGCACGGUGGUCCUUCAGGCAGCGUGCAGAGGCCGGCAGGUCAGGAGGGAGGUUGCCUGUCGGCACCAGGCUGCCACCGUGAUCCAGGCUGCCUUCAGAAAGCACCGGGUGGAGGUCCGGUACUGGGCCAUGCGGCUGUCCGCCGUCGUCAUCCAGAGACGCUAUCGCUCCUGCGUUCUCCAAAGACGAGAGAGGCAGACGUUCCUGCGAAUCAAGCGCUCCGCCGCCGUCCUACAGGCCGCGUGUAGAGGCUGGCGACUCAGGAGGGACGCGAGAAGACGCGAGCAGGCUGCGGUUGCGAUCCAGUCGUGGUGGAGAUGCUCCGUGCAGAGGCGCAUCUUCCUCAACAAACGGGAGGCAGCUGUGACGCUGCAGCGGAGGGUCCGUGCGGAGCAGCUCGGCGCAGCACAGAGGAAGGACUACACCCGGCUGCGUCGGGCUGUCGUCACUCUUCAGGCUCACUGUCGAGCCUGGAUGGGAAGAAGACAGGCUCUGGAGGCAGCCAGGGCAGAGAGGAGGCUCCAUUUUACCUCAGCGGCCUUCCAUCAUCUCAAUGCCAUAAAGAUUCAACGAGCUCUGAGAGCGCACUGGGCUCUGGAGUCGGCUAAAAGACAAAUCCACUCUGUUGUCACCAUACAGCGAUGGUUUAGAGCGAAGCAGCAGAGGAGAUGCUAUCAGGAGGACAGGAGGAGGGUGGUGAAGGUCCAGAGAGCCGUGAGGCGCUGGUUAGCCUGUCGCCACAAGGCCGCGUCCGUCAUCCAGCAGGCCGCUCGCAGAUUCCUUCAUCUGAGGCGUCAGGAGAGGAUUCAGCAGGGAAUUGUCAAAGCUCAGGCGCUGUGGAGAGGACACCGCUCCCGCCGACUGAACGACAACCCCAAGGUGGUGAAGCUGAGACGCCGCUUUCGCCAAGUGUCCGCCAGCGUCCGAGAGGAGGACAAACUGUGCAACAAGACGUCGUCUGCACUGGACUACCUCCUGAGAUACAAACAGUUCUCCUACAUCCUGGAGGCCCUAAAGAACCUUGACGCUGCCACCAGACUGUCUCCUGAGUGCUGCGUGCGGCUGGUGGAGAGCGGAGCCACCGACGUCAUCUUCACACUCAUCCGCUGCUGCAACAGAAGCGUUCCCUGCAUGGACGUCAUCACCUUCUCCAUCCAGAUCCUCCUCAACCUGUCAAAGUACCACAAAACGAUUGAGGCUGUGUAUUCAGUGGAGAACUCUGUAGAGACGCUGCUGGAGCUGCUGCAGAGGUACAGAGAGAAGGCGGGCGACAAAGUGGCCGAGCGGGGGGGCAGCAUCUUCACCAAAGCCUGCUUUCUGCUGGCUCUGCUGCUGCAGGACAAGCACCGCGCUGCGGAGGUUAUGAAGAUGCCAAAGGCUCUGGACAGAAUACGCAGCAUUUACCGCCUCACUGCUCGGAAGCACAAGAUGGAUGCCGAACGAACUGUGGUCAGACAGAAGAUGAACGCGUCGCUGAACGGGAGCUACUUCGUACCAGUGACGCCGCGCAAACCUCGCCCUGCUCCAAAAUUUGCACCAGACUGGGUUCUAGGAAAAGACAAACUGAAAGAUAUUGUAGACCCACUUGGAGCAAUUCAAAUGGUGGCAGACACACUGUCCAUCAUGUUGUAAAUAGACUUUGUAUUUUAUUCUUCUUGUACUUUUUGCAGUUUUUAAUAAUGCAUUCCUGUGUAAAUAUUAAAAUGGGUUUGUUGCUUAAACACUGUUGUUUUGUGUACACCUUGCUUUCCUGGACUGGAUUCAUAAGACUGCUGGUGUCCAUCACUCCCAGUCCAUCAGGGCUGUGGCUGCCAAUCUGAUGGGAUAUUCACUACGUUGAACUUGAGUUGAGGGUGUGUGUUGUUGACAACAUUGUAUUAAUCUGCUUUUGACAAUUUAUUUCACAAACUGGAUGAAUGCACUGAAUAAAUCUUGACCAAUGUAAUUAAUAUAUUCUAUCAUGACACACAGGUUUCCGUAUUGAUCGUUAAGUUAAAAGUCAGAUUAUUUGUUUUGCUAUAGUAUAAUUUUAGUGGUUGAGUUUUAUGAUGUAGUCAAACCCAA